UUUUUGUUUCUACAAAAUAUUCAUUCUGUUUCCUCUCUCUCUCUCUCUCUCUCUUUGUGUGUGUGUGUGUGUCCAUUUAUGGGGUUUUACAUGUAACUGAUAGCAGUUGGUAUGCAUGAUUCCUUCUGCAGAUAUCAAAGAAGAAGCAUCAAUAAAAGUAAAAUCUGUGUGAGAGAGGAGAGGAGAGGUGGAGCAAAGCCCGAUUUUGGAUGGGCGUAAGAGCUGCAAAGAAGAGAAAUGACAUGGUCUAAUAGUGAUGAAGAAACAGCCCUCAGAAUUAGCGAAAAUGAAACUAGCAUUGCCACUUCAACAACUCAUCCAUUUCAAACACUAAUCUGCCCUUCAUGCGGCCAAACCAUUAAACUACAAGAUUAUAAGAGUAGUGGGAUUCAAGAUUUGCCUGGGCUUCCCGCUGGGGUGAAGUUUGACCCAUCUGAUCAAGAAAUUCUUGAACAUUUGGAGGCAAAAGUGAUGUGUGAUACGAGGAAGAUGCAUCCAUUGAUCGAUGAAUUUAUUCCAACUAUUCAAGGCGAAAAUGGGAUUUGUUAUACUCAUCCAGAGAAGCUUCCAGGAGUGAGCAAGGACGGGCAAGUCCGGCACUUCUUCCACCGCCCGUCCAAGGCAUACACGACGGGGACGAGAAAGCGGCGGAAGGUGCACAACGCGGACGGCGGCGAAACAAGGUGGCACAAGACAGGCAAAACCCGGCCGAUCUCGGGCGGCGGGAGCGUGAAAGGCUACAAGAAAAUCCUGGUGCUCUACACCAACUACGGGCGGCAGCGGAAGCCGGAGAAGACGAACUGGGUGAUGCAUCAGUACCACUCCGGCGAAAACGAGGAGGAGAGAGACGGCGAGUUCGUGCUCUCCAAGGUAUUCUAUCAAACGCAACCGCGGCAGUGCCUCUCGUCCAAGGAGGCCGUCUCCACCGAAGCUUCUUUCGUCAAGAACACGUCGGAUUAUUACAUUCCUACUUUAGUUUCAUACCAAAGUGUUAACAGAGACGGCUCAACUCCGGUGAUUCCGGAUUUGGUUGCUCAUGGUGAGAGAUCGUCCUCGUUUAUUCGUUUGCCUUCGCCUGCAAGCAAAGACAAAUGAGGGAAUUUGUUUUUAUUAUUAAUUAGGGUUUUACGGAAAUAAGUUAAGAUUCAUGCAAUAAAAUGGUGGUAGGUGAAGUGCGAAACAAGUGAAGAAGCCAUAGUUUUGGAAUAGUUUUUUAUCAGAUUCUUGACUAAUUGAUCAUUAUAUAUUACUUUAUUACUCCACUUUACUAUAAUGCAUAUAUGGGUCGAUCCGUAUACUAUUCCAAGAA